AUGAAAGAAUUUGAAAUAUUUGAACAAUUAUUUUUAGAACUUCUAGGGGAAUAUCAAUCGAUUAGCACAUCUGAAGGUCGUCUCCGAGAGGCUUUCCGUGCGGAAUCCACUCGUGUUCAAGCAGCAGAGGCCGCACGUGAUGCGGCAGAACGUUCCGCUUCAGACGCUAGAAAUACUGCCGCAGCGGCAGCGGCAAGCGCGACCCAGGCUGCUGCAGCACUCUCACAAGCACAGGAAGAACUCACUGGCCUUAAAAUGCAAACAGAUUUAGUGGAACGUCAAAGAACUCUUCUAGAAGAACGUUGUUCGGAGAUGACACAACAAAUGAACUCACUAGAGAGAGAGCUGCAGCAAUUGAGGCCACUACAACCCGCCCAGGCUGCUCUACAACGUCAAUAUCUAGAAUUACAAGAACUUAUCAGGAUAGCUACAGAACAAGCACGCGACACAGAUUGUGUUAUCACUGGAGAUACUAGUAAUUGCAAGUAUUUUAAAAUUCGUAUAAUGAAAAUGUUUUUAUUUAUUUAAUGCCAACAUACUUUUGGCGACCUCCGUGGCUAAGUGUCUCGCAUGCCACUCAAGGUUUCGUUAUUUACAAGGUUCCAGGAUCAAUUUAUGGUCGAUUACCUUAAUCCAAGUGUUUUAGCUACUUAUUUAUACUCGAGCAAUUUAUGUAACGUGGUCUUAUAUUUAUUUAUAGUUUAUGGAAUACCGUCUAGCGCAUAAAAUAACAUAGCGUGUUAUAGUGAAUCGUCCCGGCUGGAAGCAGAACUGCGUAGAGUUGAAAGAUGCGCCAGCGGAGGUUCUGAAUUACGUGAACGUGCACGUCUUGCAGCCGCCGCUCACGCUCGCGAAAGGAAACUCGCAGCCGCAGAACUGCAACAUACAACUAACGAACUGAAAACAGCUAACGUUGAAAUCGCAAGACUCGGAGCUCUCGUGGCUGAUUUGCAACUUCGAAUUUCCAAACGUACUAAUUCUGAAUCAAAAGAUAAUACAGAUUCAGAAGCCUUAUCUGAACUUCGCGCCGUUCUCGAAGCAGAGAGGGCAGGUUCUGCCAGACUAGAACGAGCAUUAGCCGCCGCGUUAGCUGACAAUGCGGCGUUAGCUGCCAAUCUACAUGUUGCUGAUAAUGCAUCUUCCUCAUCACAACCAAACCCAGAACCAAUGGCUACAAAUAUUGGCGCUGUAGAGUCUUUCCUUGCAGAAUAA